UUGUUUCUGAUAAUGGCGGCGUCCUUGUGUGUAAACAUGCAGCAUCGGUUAUGAUUAUAAAUUUGCUUCAGUUAAAGUUUUGUUGACAUUUGAGGUGUUUUUUGUGCAUAUUGAAUAAUUGUUACGAGGAAAUUUAACGAAAGGACACCAACUCCCCCCCCGAAAAGGCUUCAGUUUUGCACCAUCAUCAGAAACAUUAUCUUAAUGGCCCAGUCUUCUGUCUGAGAGCAAAGGUUUUCUCUACACACACUUCUAGACUCUGGGACUGUGAGGUGCAAGUAUGUCAGAUCAUGGAACCUACAGUGAUGCGCUUAGUUUAGGAGGAACAGGACAGGAGGCAGAAGCUGAUGGAGAUCCAUUUAAUGCUGAGCCUCCAACAUCCUGCACUGAAGACGAGGCUCAAGCUGCUGCUAAACAGCCACCUUUUGGUGAAGGGAUGGACAUAGACCUCGGUCAGCCUGAGAUAUGCACUGAGACACUAACAGGAGUUAGUGAAAGUCAGGACACUGGUGGAAUCCCAGACAAAGUGUUCAGUCAAGCAGAAGAUGGUGGAGAGAGACCUGGAAAAUUGACGCAAAAUAAUGAAGACUGCCAAGAACCAGAGGAGACAUUCUCAACAACUGAGAGAAAAGAUGAUGUAGGAGAAGAUGAGGAGGGAAACACUGAACCAGAGCCCAAUGAGUACCAGCAUCAGUACCUAGGUCUGGAUUUUAGUCAGAACCUCCAGAUGCUCACAGGGUCCUGGGCGGAAUACACGCAGACUCCGGAGAACUACCUCAGAGGCUGCAAAUGGGCUCCAGAUGGUUCCUGUAUCCUCUCGAACAGCGCAGAUAAUGUGCUGCGUGUGUAUAAUCUCCCGCCUGAGCUCUACAGCAGCAGCUGGGAUCUGCUCUCAGAGAUGAGUCCGGUGCUGAGGAUGCCUGAAGGAGACACCGUCUAUGACUACUGCUGGUUUCCAAAGAUGAGCUCUUUAGAUCCAGACACCUGCUUUAUUGCUAGCAGUAGCCGUGACAACCCAGUCCACAUAUGGGACGCUUUCUAUGGUAACCUACGAGCAACAUUUCGUCCCUACAACCAUCUGGACGAGCUGACGGCGGCCCAUUCGCUGUGUUUCUCUCCUGACGGAUCUCAGCUCUACUGUGGCUUUGAUAAGACGGUCAGGGUGUUCUACACAGAGCGGCCUGGUCGGGAUUGUGAGCAGAGGCCUACUGUUGUGAAGAAACAGGGCCAGACAGGUAUAAUCUCCUGCAUGGCAUUUAGUCCGUCUCAGCCGAUGUAUGUUUGCGGGUCAUACUCACGCACAGUGGGUCUAUACUCCUGUGAAGACGGAUCAAUGUUGGCUCUUUUGCCGCAACGCCACCAUGGUGGAGUCACACACCUGCUCUUCUCACCCGAUGGCAACCAGCUGUACACAGGUGCCCGCAAGGAUCAAGAGAUCCUGUGCUGGGAUCUCCGAGACCCGGGUCGGGUUCUGUUCUCACUCCCCAGAAACGUGAGCACUAACCAGCGCAUUUACUUCGACCUAGAUCCGUCUGGCCGGUACCUUGUGAGCGGAGACACAGACGGAGUGAUGUCAGUAUGGGAUACACUCACAGCUCCUCCUGAUUGUAAUGAAGAGGUCCUGAGGCCCGUGCUCCAGUUUCAGGCUCACACAGACUGCACUAAUGGCAUCAGUCUUCAUCCUUUUAUGCCAUUAGUGGCAUCCUGCAGCGGUCAGCGUCAGUUCCCGUGGCCUGGACACAGCGAUGACGAGGACGAGGAGAAGAUGAUGACAUCCAGCGACAUCAGAGAGAACAAUGGGCUUGUGCUGUGGUGGGCAGGACCACUGGGUUCAUCCAAUGAACAGGGGCAGGAAGAAGGGAGCACAGCUUGAGAACCUAUCAUCUGUAACUUCAAUUUAUUUGUGAACCGAACCAAAAUUUACAAAGUGCCAAGCUGCAGUAACAACGGUGUAAAUAAUUUUAUAUGUCCAUGUAUAUAUCAUAUACCGCCUUUCAGAGACAUUACAAACAAUGAGAUGAAAAACUUUAUUGAUUUUUGAGGAACUUGUAAUGGGUUUUAUACUGAGGUCUUUCACAGGUAUCGAUGCUGGAGGAAGCUCAGUUAAUUACAAAAAAAAAAAAAAAAAAGCCAGUCAGUGAACUUUUUCAAUUCAUUAGUGAAUUAGUUCAAUUUAAUGUGACUGAGGAGUUUGAAUUUUUUUGUUAAGGGAAUUGGAUUCUCUUUAGUGCUUGUGUUGCACUGAUCACUUCUCAAUAACAGUUUUACUUUUUGUUUCUUUAACUUGCGGUAUUUGCUGGAUUGUUUUUUGGCAACUGGGGGGGGAGGCUUUGUCUUUUGAGAAACUAAAAGACAUUUUCUUGAACACAGAGCUUCUUAAAUGGUCGUGUUGGAGAUAAAGAAUGGAAGCAAACACUGAAUCAUCUCUUGGCAUUCUGUGUAAUUUCUCCUCCACCGCUCAUCCAAUCUAAUUCUUCUGCUCCGUUGAGACUCUGCUCCAUUUAUUUACUCCAUAUCUCCUAUGUGUAGUUCUGCCACGUACAUCUGUGAAUCAUUUUUAGUCAAUGAUAUCAUGUAUGUGUGGGUAUCUGAAUCUUCUCAACCAUCCCACAUAUGCUGUUUACUGUGAGCUAUUUGUAUAUUGUACUUACAUUCCUAAUCUUGUUUCUCUUGAUACUUAUUAUUAAAGCUGCAGUUUAACAUUUUUAAA